AUGGAGUAGAACUUACAGCAGUGUACAUUUCAAAAUUUAUGAUAGAAAAUGUCAAGAAUCCUAUAAAAGAAAGUGAAAUAAAAUUGAUAAAUUAUGAUAUAAAUUAAAAGGCUAAUUUUUUUUAGUAAAAGUAAUUGAUAUCAGAAAAAACAAUAAAUAUAAUUCUUGGUUCUAAAAGUCGGUACUCGGAUAUUUGA